AUGAUCCCAAUAUUUCAUUCCACAACACCAUUCAACACUAGGAAGCCCCUUUUAACACGUCCAGUAGUUGAAUCUAUCUAUCUAUCUAUCUAUCUAUCUAUCUCAGUCUGUUCAUAUCUAUCUAUCUAUCUAUCUAUCUAUCUAUCUAUCUAUCUAUCUAUCUAUCUAUCUCAGUCUGUUAUAUCUAUCUAUCUAUCUAUCUAUCUAUCUAUCUAUCUAUCUAUCUAUCUCAUCUGUUCAUAUCUAUCUAUCUAUCUAUCUCAGUAUGUUCCAAUCUAUCUAUCUAUCUAUCUCAGUAUGUUCCAAUCUAUCUAUCUAUCUAUCUAUCUAUCUAAGUCUGUUCAUAUCUAUCUAUCUAUCUAUCUAUCUAAGUCUGUUCAUAUCUAUCUAUCUAUCUAUCUAUCUAUCUAUCUAUCUAUCUAUCUAUCUAUGUAUAUAUACUUAUCUAUCUAUCUAUCUAUCUAUCUAUCUAUCUAUCUAUCUAUCUAUACUAGCCGAUUUACCCGCGCCUUGCUGCAUGUCACACAUUUCUUUAAUCUAUCUAUCUAUCUAUCUAUCUAUCUAUCUCAGUCUGUUCAUUUCCCUAUCUAUCUCAGUCAAGUUCAUCUAUCUAUCUAUCUAUCUAAUAUUCAUUUUGAAACGAAAAUAAAUUUUUGUCUUAUAAAUUUUUUUAAUCAUUUUUUUUAUUUUCUUAUCUACGUCCUACCUCUUUUGUUUAUCCUUCCUUCCAAAAGAAGUUCCUUCCUCGCUUUCUUUCCUCAUUUUCUUCCUCCAACCCUACCUGAGAAAUUUUUUUCUCUUUCUUUUUUUCCUUUUUCUUUUUUCUCCUUUACUCUCUUUCUUCAUUCCCCUCCUUUUGUUUAUUCAUUCUUUCCUCCUCCCCCUUCAUUCCUUCCUUUCCUUUCCUUUCCUUUCCUUCCUCCUAGGUCUUUUCUUGGUUUAUUUUAUUAUUCUUUUUCUUCUUUUUGCCUUCUUUUGAAUCUUCCUUGCCUGCCUCCUUCCACUUUUCCGUUCCUUCCUUCCUUCCUUCUCUCCAUCACUUCUUUCCUUUCUGCUGCCUGCCUUCCACGCUGCCUCCCUUGUUUCUUUCUUUCUUUCCUUCCUCCUUCCCUCCUUUCCUUCCUUCUUUUCCAUCCUUCCUUCCUUCGUUCUUUUCCUUCCUUCCUUCCUUCCUUCCUUCCUUCCUUCCUUCCUCUGUCUAUGGCCUACUACUUUCCUCCCUCCCUCCUUCCAUUCCUUCCUUCCCUCUUUUCCAUCCUUUCCUUCCUUCUUUUCCAUCCUUCUUUCAUUCCUUCCUUCUUCCAUAUCCUUCUUCCUUCUUUCCUUCCUUCCUUCCUUCCUUCCUUCCUUCCUUCCUUCCUUUUUGAUUUUUCCCAGAACAAUUUCUUCCUCCAUCCAUUCCUUUCCCUCCUUCUUUCCUUCCUCCAUACAUUCCUUCCCACCUUUCUUGCUUCCAUUCAUCCUUCCUUUUCCUUCCUUCCUUCCUUCCUUCCUUCCUUCAUCCAUUUCCUACUUCCUUCCUUCCUUCCUCCGUCCAUUACUUUUCUUCCUUUUUCCUUCCUUCCUUCCUUCCUUUUUUCCUUCCUUCCUUCCUUCCAUUCCUUUCCUUCCUUCCUUCCUUCCUUCCUCCGUCCAUUGCUUCCUCCUUCCUUCCUUCCUUCCUUCCUUCCUUCCAUUCAUCAUUCCUUCCUUCCUUUCUCCGUCCAUUGA